AUGGCGAACUCGGGAAGCGUUACUUCGUCCCGUGGCGAGCUCGAAAGGCGACGGCGCGGCUUUGCCGCCGACCCCAGGGCGCUUGCGCACACUGCGACUCGACGCCCUAUAGCCCGCAUAAACAUGCCGAUCAGCACACAGCCCGACUCGACCCAAAACGAAAUAUACGCACCCCCAGGCUCGGCUGGAGUCUACACACCCAGUCUGACCGCUCCUCGAGAGAGCUGGUUCGCCAGUCCCAUCCGUCGAGUUUCGACGCAGCACACUGCACAUUGCAGAGGACCCACGGCCGUCCACCGCGGUCACUCCAGAAUUCACCCACGACAGACCGAGUCCAGCGUCCUCCACGAAGACGCCACUCCCAUCACGGCAGACCCACAACACGAUGGUAAGGAUCGUCCGUCGACGCCAGGCCCGACGCCCACCCAAAGAAGCGAGCACACCCGAACCGACCGCCGCCGGCUGUCCGCAACUAUCGACCAGAACGCAGCCGUAGACCAACCCAAUAAUACAUUCCGCGCCCCCAAUCGAUAUCCGCAUCCGGCGACCGAAGCGACUCCGUCCCUCCCAAACGCGAAAAAAAGGACGACGACGAACAAGCCCUCCGCCCCGCCACCCCACACCGGCACACGCCUGCCGCACACACCUCUUUCAAAUUCAAAACCGCGGGCGGGGACGGGGGGCGGACUGAUCCCCUCGCACCCUGGAGACGCGGUCGGACCCAAAUUCCAACCUGCGUGCGCUUUCUCGCGCGGAGGUGCGGGCAGUCCCUCCACCGAGCACGCGGCGAGCACCGAACGGGUACGGCGUGCAGCACCAGGGAGGGGAGUCCACGUGUCGAUCCCCCGCUCGCUCAUUGCGUGCUGGGUGGCGGAACCGAGCUCGGACGACCCGGGUCGCGCGCCGAAUAGGCGGGGGGCCGACACGCGAAUAACAACACACAACGUGCAUACCGCAUGGGCAGGCACGCGUCGCCCGGGGACCUAUAUUUAA